UAAAACUCUGUCACGUUCUUUCUGUUUCUCUUCUUUCUCUUUAUCCAUCCAGUCCAUAGCCCACCAUGAGCACUCUCGAACGCCGCCGACCGGCCUCUACCGCCGAGAAUGAGAACAGCAGUAUCAGCGUUCCCGACGAGCAGGACUACACGCCCCAGCGCCGUGUCACUGCCCGAGAGCUGUUCAAGGGGCUGUCGUGGCUCGACCGCUUGCUCUCCAUCCUUAUCCUUGUGGCAAUGAUACUUGGUGUGGUGAUUGGCAAGUUUGUGCCCAACACCAAGAAAAUCCUCUCCGGCGCUACGCUUGACGGCGUGUCCAUUCCCAUUGUCAUCGGCCUGCUCGUCAUGAUGUGGCCUAUCCUCACCAAGGUUCAGUACGAGCGCUUCGCGCGCAUCUUCGGCACCUCGCAUAUCUGGAAGCACCUGGCUAUCUCGAUCGUCCUGAACUGGCUCAUCGCGCCCUUCCUCAUGCUCGGCCUUGCGUGGGCCACCCUCCCCGACCAGCCGACGUACCGCACCGGCGUAAUCAUCGUGGGUCUCGCGCGCUGCAUCGCCAUGGUCAUGAUCUGGAACCACCUCGCGCGCGGCGACAUCAACUACUGUGCCAUCCUCGUCAUCGUCAACAGCGUGCUCCAGAUCGCCCUCUUCUCGCCCAUGAGCAUCUUAUUCGUCAACAUCCUCUCCAGGGAAGACGCCCUUCGCCUCGAGUACGGCAAAACGGCCAUCGCCGUGCUUAUCUACCUCGGCAUCCCGCUCGCGGCCGGCGUCGUCACCCGUUUCGCCAUGCUCGGCAUUCUGGGCCGCCGCCGGUUCGAAAACGUCUUCCUGCCCUGGUUCAGUCCCCUGUCUCUCCUUGGCCUCCUGUACACCAUCAUCAUCAUCUGCGCCGAGCAGGCGACGCGCAUCCUCGACAACAUCGGCCUCGUGUUCCGCGUCUUCGUCCCCCUCACGCUUUACUUCGUGCUUAUGUGGGCAGGCACAUUUGCGCUCGGCUUUUACCUCAACCACAAGCGCGGCGCCGCCGCUGGAUACUCGUACGAGGCCGCCGUCGUUCAGUCCUUCACGGCCGCGAGCAACAACUUUGAGCUCGCGAUCGCCGUAUGCGUCGCAGUGUACGGCGUUGACUCGGACCAAGCUCUGGCCGCCACCAUCGGCCCGCUCGUCGAGGUUCCCGUCCUCCUUCUCCUCACGCACGUCGCCCUGCUCCUGCGCGCCAAGCUCAAGUGGGAUGUAACCGAAGAGGUUGAUCUUGAAAUGGAGCCCCUCCCCGCUGCCGGGGCGCCCGCCGCCGCGUCAACGCACACCGUCAAGGCCGAGUAGAAGUAGCUCAACCCCCCCCUUCCACAGACCAUAGAUGACAGUAUGCACAAAUAAUC